AACGCAUCUGCCAGAAGCCGGACGUGCUACCGGACAGAGAGAGAGCUUAGAUAUCUACCAUUGUCGAUUUCGUUUUCUGGCCAUUGAAAUCUGAGAUGGGUCUUCUCAGCAUUAUCAGGAAAAUCAAAAGGAAGGAGAAAGAGAUGCGCAUCCUCAUGGUGGGUCUUGAUAAUUCUGGAAAGACAACGAUCGUACUCAGAAUAAAUGGCGAGGACACAAGCGUCAUUAGCCCCACCCUCGGUUUCAACAUCAAGACCCUCAAGUAUCAGAGAUAUACCCUCAAUAUAUGGGAUGUUGGUGGCCAAAGAACGAUUAGAUCUUAUUGGAGAAACUACUUUGAACAAACAGAUGGCUUAGUUUGGGUUGUUGAUAGUUCAGAUGUCCGAAGGUUAGAUGAUUGCAAAAUGGAGCUGGAUAAUCUCUUAAAGGAAGAGAGAUUAUCUGGAGCAUCUUUGCUGAUACUAGCAAAUAAGCAAGACAUACAAGGUGCUCUUACACCUGCAGAAAUAGCUAAGGUGCUGAAUUUAGAAGCCAUGGACAAGACGAGGCACUGGAGAAUUAUCGGUUGUAGUGCAUACACUGGGGAGGGUUUGCUCAAGGCAUUUGAUUGGCUGGUUCAGGACAUUGCCUCUAGGAUUUAUGUCCUCGACUGAUGUAGCCUGUAUGACUUCUUGAUGUUUAAAUUCAAGCAAUUGUCAUUUUGAAAGAAAUUCUCCCUGUGCUUUUGGGAAUUUUCCAGAAACAGCAGUUUGUGAGGGGGACACCUCAAAUUUCAGGUAUGGAGACUUGCCAGUGAUGUUGAAUCAGAAGUGAACUGAGGACCCAUGUUACUUGAAUUUCAACCCCGAUGACACUCGUCUCCUAGAUGUGUCUGUCGUGAAUAGCUUUACUUUCCAGUCAUUGCUACUGUUCCUGCAUCUAAUUGCAUCUGGUGACAAAAUUUUUACAUUCUAUUUAUGGAAGUGCAUGUGAUGGUGAGUUGAAAUUAAGUAUCCAUUCUGUGAUAGGUGAUUUAUACUA